CGUCUCUCCUCCCGCAGCAGCGGCGGUGUGACCCGAAGUCUCAAUGUGCACCAGUCCCGCUGUCAGCGGCGCCCCCCGACGCCCCCCCACGCCCCUCCCCCGCGGCGCCCACCCCCUCCCCCCCAUGGAGAAAAUCUGUGAUCUGACGACAGGUACGACUCGAACAGUCCCGGGGGAGGUGAGCGGUCCGCACCUCGGCGAGGAGGAGCACUUGGCAGGAGAGUCGGAGCGCGGCUCCAGAAGCGGCCGGUCCUCAGAAAACGUCAUUGAGGUUUCUGCAGAAAUGGGUCGUCAGGAGGGGGAACACUUGUGGAAGAAGGUCACCGAAAACAUUGAGGAGGUGUUUGACUGCAUGGAGGAGUUGGGAUCGGGGGCGUUCUCAGAGGUGUACAUGGUGAAGGAGAAGAAGACAGGAAAGCUUUUUGCCAUGAAAUGCGUGAAAAAGAAACAGAAAAGAGACCUCAAUCUGGAGAAUGAGAUCGCCGUGCUAAGAAGGAUCAAACACGACAACGUUGUCGGGAUGGAAGACUUGUAUGAAAGUCAGACCCAUUUCUAUCUCAUCAUGCAGCUUGUUGCAGGCGGGGAGCUCUUUGACCGCAUACUGGACCGGGGGGUGUACUCGGAGAAGGACGCCAGCAGCGUGAUCCAGCAGGUGCUGCAGGCCGUCAGCUAUCUGCACGAAAACGGCAUAGUGCACCGAGACCUCAAGCCAGAGAACAUCCUGUAUUACAGCCAGGCAGAGAACUCCAAAAUCAUGAUCAGUGAUUUUGGACUUUCCAAGAUGGUAGACCAUGACAUCAUGUCGACCGCCUGUGGCACGCCAGGAUACGUAGCUCCUGAGGUGUUGGCACAGAAGCCCUACAGCAAGGCAGUGGACUGUUGGUCGAUCGGAGUCAUCACCUACAUCUUACUCUGUGGAUAUCCGCCUUUCUAUGAAGAAAGUGAGACAAGACUGUUCUCCAAGAUCAUGAAGGCGCAGUACGAGUUUGACUCUCCCUUCUGGGAUGACAUAUCGGAUUCUGCAAAAGAUUUCAUCCGUAACAUGAUGCAGAAGAACCCCAGCAUGCGCCUCUCCACUGACGCUGCGCUCCGACACCCCUGGAUUAUCGGAAAGACGGCCCGGAGUCAAGACAUCUACUAUUCAGUCAGCGCCCAGAUCCAAAAGAACUUUGCCAAGUCUAAGUGGAAGCAAGCCUAUAACGCAGCCGUAGCCAUCAACCACAUGAAGAAGCUGCAGCUGGCCACCUCAGAGCUGGUGUUGAGGAACGCCAGCAUCCCGGACAUCAAGGUGAUUGACGUGUCCUCCCCGGACAAAAACCGCAAACGUCUUGAACCAGACAAAUUCGACCCAAAGUUGACAGACAUCCGCGGGAUCGUCAAGGGGACGAUUCACAUCUCGCUGCCCACGAGCGCCCUUGAAAUGAAAAGCCACUAUCACACGCUGAAGGCCACGCAGAGUCAGGCCGGCCCGCAUCACGCCCCCACCAUGGCCGAGCAGGGCAAGAACGCCUACCGCUCAGAGCCCGCCAACCUCAACGGGUAUGGUAAAAAUCGCAACGGCAUGACUCUGCAGACCGGAGUUUGCACAGUCAUGUGAAGACUGCAGGACGUUUACGUGCAAACAAAUAUUUUACUUGGUCAGUGUCGCUGACCCGACUCAGCAUGCAGCGGUUUUGUGUCAGCGCGUCCCCCCCGGUACUGUGACUGUGAGGUGGUCGAUCCGCCGACGGCCCAUAGCGGUCCAAGAGGUCCACACAGUCAGGAGGGGCAUCUUUAUUCUUGGAAAGAGUGCCUGUGUAGCCUCCCGAAUAACCACACAGAAGUACACGCUCGCACACGCACACACACAUAACAAGACAUAGCCUGUAAUUAGAAUGCAUCUGGGGAUCUAUAGGUGUCAUUUUUAUGCUGCUGCUAUAAGCCGUCAUUCUGGCAUUUAAUACUAUGUCACUUAUUGACAGCCUCUCUUAGCUACGCGGAUCGCUUUCCCUGCAGUCAGUACUGACUACAUAUGGUAGAAAUGACAUGCAUAAAGCAAGAAAUGUGUUCUUAAAUGUGUGCGCUUAAGCCUGUAUACACACGCACACACACACACACACACACACACACACACACACAGAUGCAUGAGACUUGCUUUGACUCCGAUACACCGGGUAGACUUUAGUUAAUCUUCCUCUUGUGUUAGCUUUCUCUCUUGUUGAUGGGUCGGUUUUGACUCAUAUCUUAAAUCAGUUGUAAAAUACACUAAAAACAACAAUCUAUUAUCCAAUUGCCUACCUUGUUAGGCUUCCUUAUCCAUGAAAAUAUUGAUUUUAUUGUGGUGUGGGGGCUCUGGGCCUUUUCUAUGUCAGUUGGUGACUCUGCACGUCACCUUAAUUGACCUCACGUGGUCGUCCGUGUUUGUUUUGUUUUUGCGCAGGUAUACCCGAUAACAGCGCAACGACACAAAGGUCAUAAUUUCAACCAGAGCAUUUUAUAAAUCAGUGAAAAAAAAAGUUUUUGAAUAGAGAUUCCCAACAAAGUCAAAAAGCCUCGAUGCAAUAAACACAUUUAUGCGGUUCUUUUAUGCAUUUAAAACCUAAAAUGCAAACACAAGUGGAAGGGAAAACAAGAUGAGCCAGAGUGGAAGUUGUUGAGGGAUCGGCUCACUCACCAGGCUUUAUAUCACACAAAGAGGUUAGGUCAUUAACGCACAGCAUCCAGUCUUAUGAAGACUUUGCUUACAUGUUGUUGAAGAAAAUACACACAAUGCAAUAUUAUGAAACUUCAUGUGUAUAAUAUUAUUGCUUAGCAAACCUGCAUUUGUUAUUGCAAUAGAAUACAUGACAAAAUAAAUGCAUGCUUACUGCUUGAAAUAAACCAUACUGGUAUAAUGUAUCCGGAUAAAGUUGUUUCUUAUCUUUUAUUACCUUCUUUUUGUUAUUUGUUUGUUGUCGAAAUAAAUGUAUUAUUUCCAAA